AUGCAGAUCCAGACUCUCGGUCUUUUUGAUCUCGACUAUCCCACACAAGCCUCAUCACAUCAUCUAGUAGAAGCACUGUGUUCUAUGCCAAACCUUACUGACCUGACACUGUUUCUAAUGGAUCUCAAUGAGGAGUUCUGCUCUAAAUUGAAAGCAAAGGCAUCAUCCAUACUGGUCCAGGCUCUCAAGCUACUUCAUCCCCAGUGUUCCACACCAGCCUCAUCAUAUGACCUAGUAGAAGCACUGUGUUCUAUGCCAAACCUGACUGAACUGACACUUGGAGCGUUUCUCCAUGAGGAGUUCUACUCUGCAUUGAAAGCAAAUGCAUCAUCCAUAGAGGUCCAGGCUCUCAAGCUACAUCUCCGGUGUUCCUCACCAGCCUCGUCACAACACCUUGCAGAAGCACUGUGUUCUAUGCCAAACCUGACUGAACUGACACUUGGAUUGCGUCUCCACGAGGAGUUCUACUCUGUAUUGAAAGCAAAUGCAUCAUCCAUACAGGUCCAGACUCUCAAGCUUGAUGAUAUCGAGGACCCAUGGAAUUGUCUCACACCAGCCUCAUCACGUCACCUUGCAGAAGCAUUGUGUUCUAUGCCAAACCUGACUGACCUGACACUUCACAUGGAUUACAAUGAGCAGUUCUACUCUAUAUUGAAAGCAGAGGCAUCAUCCAAACAGGGUUGUUUUCCUCAGAUCAGGAAGGGAAACUUCAGGGUCAAUGAUGUUGCCCAAGAUGACUUAAAGUCAUUUCUCAACACCCUCACAUGUUUGCAAAGCUUGACCGACCAGCGCUACCCAAGUUUAUGGUACUUGGAUGGCUCAGCCGACUUAGGCAGCUCAAAUGACUCAGGCAGCUCAAAUGACUCAGGCAGCUCAAAUGACUCAGGCAGCUCAUAUGACUCGGACAACUCAGCUGACUUGGGCAGCUCAAAUGACCCAGACAACUCAGCUGACUUGGGUAGCUCAAAUGACCCAGCCAACUCAGCUGACUUGGGUAGCUCAAAUGACCCAGAGAACUCAGCUGACUUGGGCAGCUCAAAUGACCCAGCCAACUCAGCUGACUUGGGCAGCUCAAAUGACCCAGCCAACUCGGCUGACUUGGGCAGCUCGAAUGACUCGUAUGUCUUGGCCAACUCAGGCAACUCAGAAGGUAGCAGCAUUCGGGUAAGGCCUUGCAAGAGGCAACCUCCUUGUACUGAGUCGAGCGUUCCACAGGAUGAUUCUGGAAUUCCAGAGAAGAAAUCAAAAUAUGAGGUCUAGAGUAAGACAGUGACCCAUGCAUGAUACAGGGCUCCACACUAACUUUUUUUGGAAGGAAAAGAUGUUUAGAUUUAACUUUCUACACUCUGUAUGCAUGAGCCUGAGUAAAAGCUUUCAAAUUCUGGGGGUCCGGACCUAGAUUUAGGUGUCCACCUGCUGGUUUCAAGCCCUGGACUGAUAGCACGAAGUUUGGGGUAAAAGGGGGUAAUUUUCGGCGGUUUGUAAAUGUUUGAAUAAGGCUGUUUUCUUCUUUUUCAAGGAUGUUAGUGCAUUAAUUAGACAUUUUAUGUAGUGCAUUUACCAAGUAUAUGUGUAUUGUAGACUUUUACCAUUUUGUUUUAGGUGAUUUGUAUUUAAUGUAUGAAAUACCACUCAACUGUCACAACAAAGUGAGUUAUGAGUUUAAGUAUGUAAUAUUUCAAAUUAUCCUAUCGAAACGUCACUAUAUUUGUCAAUGCCAUUGCACAUGUUCAAUAAAAAUAUAAUUAAGUAGAAUCAAAAUUAACUUGUGAAUUUGUUAACAGAAAUGACCCAGAUGUUAAGAGUCAAAUUGCUCUAGUUAUCAUGUCAACAAACUUCAUAUUAUUCAAUAGGUUAGUUGAAAACUAACUUUGUCUGGUAAGGGUAUAGGCCUGAGUUAUCAGUGUAACAUUUUGUCUGAUGUGGAUUAUUGUUUAUAUAUUUAGAGCUACAUCCAGUUCUAGAUUUAAGAAUCUGUUCGAGGAAAUAUUUCCAGGAUUUUCUUUACAUCAUUCCAGUGUACAUAAUAUGUAAAUAUACUGCUAUAAUUUUAAGAUACAUGUCUCUUUUGUGAUCUAACGUGCCUGAGAUAUCAGUGUUAUAUUUAAUUUGACAUGGAUAAUUGUAUUAAUUAUGUUUAACUACAUUCACCAGUACUUUAUAAUAAAUCCAUUUGAGGAAAUAUUUUCCAGGAUUUUCUCACAUCAUUCCAGUGUAUAUGUAAAUGUGCUGCUAUAAUUUUCAGAUACAUGUCUCUUUUGUCAAUCUAACAUGCCUGAGAUAUCAGUGGUAUAUUUAAUUUGACAUGGAUUAUUGUUUGUACAUGUUUAACUACAUUCACCAGUACUAUAUAAUAAAUCCAUUUGAGGAAAUUUUUUCCAGGA